AUGGCGGGUAGAGAAAUAAGAAAUGGGGCAAAGGGAAGGAUAAGAUUGACGAUGAAGACAUUACUUUCCAACGAAUGGUUGCAAAGAUGCAAGAGGUUGCUGGUGAGCGUGGUGGUUACCUUCAUGGGCGAGGCGGUACCGCAUCUUUUUCCCCUGAGUUUGUGUUUUCUAUGUUGCUUGUUAUGUCAGCUGUUACCACUCAUUCUUUCCUUGGACAGUGAUGAUUUGCUCUAUCUAAAGGAACAAAUGGAAGCCGAGGAGGAUGCAGAACGUCUCCUGCGUCGCACUGAAAAGCGGGCAUUCGCCGCAUUUAAGAGAGCUGCAAGCUUAGCAGAUUCUUCACCGGCGUCAGUUCCAUUGGCAUUUCGUGUCGAGCCAAAGCCAAAGAGUGGGAUCAGGCAGCAAGAUCUGUUGAAGAAAGUUGUGGAGAUUAAACCUAAGCGCCCAAGGACUGAUGGCAAUCAGUCCCCAGCUUUGAGUAACGUGUCUGUUACAAAUCGUAAGCCUGGGCAUCAUAAUGAGAACGAGCGGCCUUCUUCGGGACUGAAGAUAGAGGAGCAAUCUUUGUCCGGGUUGCAGAAAGGAGAGGAACGUCUGUCAUCGGCCUCAUGCAAAGCAGAAGAAAAGCCUAAGAAUGCUAACACUGCUGGUGGGGGAUUACUGGGCUUGGCAUAUGCUAGUUCUGACGACGAUGACGACGAGUGAUACUUUUGAUGGAAAACCACGUUGUUCAGUCCAAGUUAUGUAGUUUUAGUACAGAAAGUUUUAUUUCUUAUAGAACAUUUUGUCAUUAUAUUGCGUAGUGAAGAUGGCAUGAAUUACUAUGAAGGCUGAAAGAGAACAAGAUGAAGUGCUACUAUUUAAGUGUACAAUUAGACGAAAAGUACAAUUUUGAAUGAAUCUUUAAACUUUAAUGUGCUA